AUGAUUGUCUUUGCGUUCUCGUUUAGUUUUUUCCUCCAAAUUUUGUUUGCGCAAGAGAAUCUCCUUCCAGAAGUUGACUCGGAGUUGGAGCCGUUUUCCUCGAUUUCCAAUCAAGAUCUCGUCAAAGACGCGCAACCGGUGACAACGCUGAGCGAACAGUGCAAAAGAUUCCUGGGGCAUUAUAGGUAUUACUGCCGAAAAUCGAACAUUGCUAUUUACAACGAAGAAGUGCGAAUCAUUUGUGAGCGUUAUCGGGCCUAUUGCUCGGAUCGAGUCUAUCCGAGUAUCAAUCAUAUCCGCCGUCAAGUGGUGAUGUGGGAACGGGCGGGAAUCCCGAAGAAAUAUGUGAACAAUUUGAAGAGAUGUUUUAAGGGAUGUCGACAAACGGAGUCGGCUUGUGUGAACGCGUGCGAGUGUAUCCAUAUGCAAUGGAUUUUCGAUCCCGAAUGCUCGCCCGGGAUCAAAGCCCCUGCGGCGCCGAAUUGUCAACGUUGGUAUCAAAAGUGUCGCGGCGUUUGGGCACCGUUGCCCGACUACACCCCGGCCAAGUACUCGGAAAUGGCUCCGCCACCGCUUGUGCGCGGCAUUUUCUAUGGAUACGAGCCGCUAGAAACCCGCAAAACGUUCGAUCAUCCACGGGAUCACGGGGUCUCCUUCUGGCGAGGCACACAAACGACCCUUGUCGAUUGGCCCGAAGGGAAAUUCGCCUACGCAAACACCUACGAGGUUCCAUCGGCGGGAGUGAACGUCGCCGUGCCACAAGUGAACAUCGGAUUCCCGAGUCUCCAGCAAACACUCCGACAAUACACAAAGGGAAAUCCCGAUCCGCUCAACCCGGGCACGGGACGGCGAUAU